AUGACUUGGGGCACUUACCGGCCAGGAGUCUACUUCGGCAUUAAGGGCCGACAUGCUGGAUCUUUCUUGCUGGGUCUCGCGUGGGGGUCCCUGGAUGGGAAAAUUCUGCGACAUGAGUGCGAGUCGGGUGAGCUGCAGGCUUUCAACUGGCAUGAGCACGAUGGCCGCAACUUCGGCCGACAGAUCAUUGAGGAUCAGAAGUUGCAGGCGCAGCUGGACACUACUUUUGUGAAGGAAGAUGCACGCAAGUGGCAUGUGCGUGUGGGCGCUGCAUCUUUGCCGCCCUUCAAUUCAAGCGACCGUUCCAAGUCGAAGGCAAUUUCACUUUUCCUCUACUUGGGUGUGGAGGCAGGCAAGCACGGUGUUGAGCUGAAGUCGUACGACCCAGAGUGGCAAGCUUGCGGGGAGUUCUGGUGCCGGUCCUUGGUGCUCGCUGGAACCGACCCGAGCCAGGGCAGUUUCGAGGCUAAGUUGUCGUUCAGGGCUUCCGGUUCCCGCAAGCCCCGCUGGCACCGCGCAGCUGCCCGGGUCGCCCAUGAGCUGGAUGCCAGCACAGAGGACCCGGUUCUCACAGGCGUAUGGGAUGCAAGAAAACACAUCCACCAACUCUCCAAGAAGGUUGCUGUCAAUUCUAGCAAGACGUCAAAGACCGUCCUGGUCCUGGCGGACAAAGACGCGAGUGAUUCGAAUUUCCAAGCAUUUCAACUUGCCGGCUAUCCAUCAGCUGGACUUCGCAUAGAUGCGCAUGUGGCUUUUGGGAGUUCGUUUGGGUCACGCAACGAAAGCUUAGUGCUGAACGAUUUGGCGGAGAAAGGGUCGCAGUCCUUCAAGCAGCGCCUGUCCGAAGUUUUCGGGCCUCAGGCGAACUCGAGCGAGGGUGUGGCCAUGGCAGUCUCAGGGCUGCUUGGCGGACUGGGCUCCUUCCGCGGUCGGCUCUUAGCCCGGCGCCGGGAGGGCACCUCUGAGCGCUUGGAGCGGCUUCCCGCCGCCGAGCUCUUCACCGCGGUGCCGUCGCGUGCCUUCUUCCCUCGAGGUUUCCUGUGGGACGAGGGUUUCCAUGGCUUGCUGCUGUCACGCUGGCACCCGCGGAUGUUCCUGGAGAUUCUGGCUCAUUGGCUUGAACUGCAGCAAGAAUCCGGAUGGAUCCCUCGAGAGGUGCCUCUGGGAGCUGAGCAAGAAAGGAGAGUACCCAAACAGUUCCUGCCGCAGGACCCAGAGGUGGCCAAUCCACCCAGCUUCCUGCUGCCUUUGGCACAGCUGGUCAACCAAGUGCUCAGCAAGACUGAGCCACUGGCUGAAGAGCUGAGGGGACUGGUGCUUUCCUUCGGAGCUGCAGCGCUGCCUCGUCUGGGCGCCUGGUUCGCGUUUCUGGAGCGCAGUCAAAAGUCGGCGCAUCCAUCAGGCUGCUACCGCUGGCGGGGUCGAACAGCUGCACAUUGCCUGGCCAGUGGCCUAGAUGACUACCCACGUGGCCUUUUGGUGAAUGAAGAUGAGUGCCACCUGGACCUCCACAGCUGGAUGACGCUCUUCGCCAGGACGCUCGCCAAGCUCUGCGAGCAGCUUCGAUCGCGGAACGUUCUGAGUAAGGAGGAGGACGAAACAUUCUGCACUCGGCCGGCCUGGACACAGCGCGCCCAGCGCCUCAAUGAAAGCCUCUUCCAAGUCUUUGAAGACCCGCAGGCUUCCGGCACCGCUCCCUUGGCUGACUUUUUGAGCUCUCAGCUGCUUGAGAAGGGCCGAGUCCGGGUGUUGCCUCCGUGGCGCUCCGACGGGCGCUGCGGGCCACAGUUUCCGGUGGCCAAAAAACCCGGAGAGUGUGAUCCAUAUGGUGGUGCGCCAUGCUGUUCGCCUUCCGGGUGGUGUGGUGGAUCGCCGGACUUCUGCGAUUGCCCCGGUUGCAGACGAUCCAAGAAACUGGAAGAGCGAAGCCUUCAGCAAGAGAUGGCGAAGGUCCACUCACCUCACCUGGGGUACGUGUCGCUCUUUCCGUUGCUUCUCGGGUUGCAGCCGUGCGAUCAUCCACGAGCCCAGUCUCUCCUGCGAGCGCUGCAGCCAAAGGGAGAACUCUGGAGCCCCUACGGCGUCAUGUCGCUCUCCUCCAAAGACAAGCUAUUCCGGCAAGGUGAGGAUUAUUGGCGUGGCAAGAUUUGGGCGAACCUGAACUACUUGACGCUCUCAGCAUUGCAAAGAUGCCCCUUACCAGAGGCCAAAGUAGCCUUUGACUCGCUGAAGAAAGGCUUUGCUGAAGCCGUGCUGGGCGCACUGCAACGACAGCAGUACCUGAUGGAAAACUUUGACCCAAAGACCGGUGAGGGCAGAGGCGCUGCGCCCUUUGCAGGUUGGACAACCCUGGUGGCACUUGUGCUGGCAGACAUGCCGCUGGAGCCCAGCUUUGAUUUGCUUGCUUCGGAUCAGAAACUGGACCUAUGA